AUGAAGAGCAGCAGCACGAUGGUCGUCAAUGGCGGCUCCGAGAUGGACGCGUUACUCACCCGGCAGCAGGAGCUUCUGGCGCAGCUCCGAGCGCUCAUCCUGCCUGCGCUUCGCGACGCCGACGGCAGAUCGGUCGACCUCGCCGUCAGCCUCUUCGACGACGUGAUCGACUGCAUCGCCGGUGUCAUGUCCAGGCUUCACGGGAUCAGUACACAAGCAGACGGUCAUGGACCGGCGACGGCCUUCGACCACACAGACGUUGAUGUAAUUUCGCCCAAUGCCGGCGAGGGACAAGAGGAGAAGCCUAUGAUCAGCAACAUUGGUCAGAAGAGAAGGAGAAACAACGACAGGCGAUCAAGAUCACUUGUAACAGCUGUUCCACAUUAUGAUGGCCAUCACUGGAGAAAAUAUGGGCAGAAAAACAUUAACGGGAGGGAAAAUGCUAGGAGCUACUACAGAUGCGCCUACACAGAACGCAAUUGCUCAGCAACCAAGACAAUUCAGCAACAGGAUCAAAACGGCUCUCUUAAUUGUGAAGAGGAAGCUGCAAAGUACAAUGUUGUCUACUACGGUCAUCACACUUGCAGCAAUCACAGCACUAUAAAUGGCACGAUGAAUGACCCAGGUAUGGACCUAAGUCAAAAUGAGAAAAUGGCGGGAUCAGUAAAAGAAUUUCAAAAGUUCGACCAAGGAGAUCUGGAUGUGCCAGCUCUAAUAGAAGUGCUUGACAACGCUGAGCUGAAUUGGAACAUCAUUUGCUAG